AUGGUCAUGGAUGCGAUGAAAGCCCGUGAGCAGGCGGCAUUGCAAGAGCUUGCGAAGCUCAUCAAGGACAAGAAUGCUGUUCCGAUCAACUACAACCACUACUACACGGACAACUUGCACAAAGCUCGUGGAAAGAGGCUUGGGGAUCAGCUAGAGAAGCACGCUCCGGCCCCCCCUAUUCAGCAGAACGGGCCUAAAUGUAGUCUGGGAAACCAUUACUACCAACACCAGAUCGACCCAACGGGGGGGGUGAGUCGAGCUGUCUCGAAGUGGACUGACGAGGCCAGCGCCGACAUGGAGGAAUUCAGCUGCGAGGAGGCACUAGAUUGCCUGAAGGCGAUAUACAAGGUCCAACAGAAGGUCUUCGUGGCCAACGUGACGGUCCAGGUCAUCGAGCGCCACCUUCUGGCAGACCUCAAUGAGAUCUUUUCGCCAAUGGUUCUUCUCAACAUGUCCGACGACAAGGUUCAGAUCAUCGUAUCUGAGCGCGAGUCUACCAAGCGCCAGAGAAUCUUCCUUACUGAUCGAAUCACGAAGCUUGAGCAGGGACAGCGGAUCUUCCGAGGUGUUCUGGGCUCCUGA